CAGGUUUGAUAUCAGUCCAGCUGUGUUCGAUACCAUCUUCAACAUCACGUCUCGAAAGAGCAAGCGCCCUCAAGAUGGAACACGUCGAAUCUAACACCGACGCAUUGACCGACAUCAAAAAUACCGAUGCUUUCGUCGAGGAGGUUGCCAUUGCUCGUAUCACUGACGAAGAGCUAUUCAAUUUGAGCGCUGAAAGUCUGCGGUGGAAGUCAUGGACCGGGUUUCGUAUCUUCUUGAUCAUGGUUGUCCAAGGUUGCUGCAUGGCAGGUUAUGGUAUAGACUGGACUGUGAUAGGAGGUAUCAAUAAUUUUGCCACUUGGCAUAAGUUCUUCAAUUUCAAGGAUACGGGAUCUAUUAUUGCAACUUUCAAUGCCCUCAUGACUAUAGGAUCUGUGUGUGCAGCCCCAUUCCUAUCUCUAGGCGACGUUAUUGGACGACGAGGUGUCAUUUUUACGGGUAACUUUAUUGUACUCGCAUCGGCGUUCAUACAAGCAUUUUCGACUGGUAUACCGAUGUUUAUGGCUGGACGUUUCUUUUUGGGGUUUGGCUCUGCUCUGAUGUCGCAGCCUCAAUACAUUGGAGAGGUUGCUCCAACACAUCUUCGUGGUCGACUUGUGGGAUUGUACGGUGCUUGCUUUCAGUUCGGAUCUGUCUUUAUGUCAGCCGGUUUGAUUGGCCUAGGUACGUUGACGAGCAAUUGGAGCUGGAAGAUUCCAUUGCUCCUUGAAGGGUUCUUCCCCGCCAUUGUGUGUGGUACGAUCUACUUCAUAUCCCCCGAGUCGCCUCGUUACUUGGUUUUGAAGGGAAGGAGGGCAGAGGCCGCCAUGGUAAUAGCUCGUUACCAUACUACUGAAGGAAACAACCCAGACCACCCGCUCGUCAAGGCUGUAGUACAGCAAAUGGAAGAUUCAGUUGCAGGCGCUACCAAUACGGAAGUUUGGGAUUGGCGUGGCUUUUUCAAGAAGGGCGCAAGAUCCAGAGUUGGAGUUCUUAUCAUCUACUCAAUUUUUCAAUCAUGGAACGGCGGCGGGAUCAUUGGCCAGUACCUUGGUCCAGCAUGCGAGACAGUUGGCAUCACAUCCACCACCGCGAAGAAUGGCUUUUCCUUUGGCUCGACCCUCACUUACUUGAUAUUUACCAUUGUGGGUAGUUUCAUCAUUGACAAAAUGUGGAGACGGCACUUGAUAUUUAUUGGCAUUGGCUGCAUCAUAUUGAUACAGACUGCCAUCACGAUCUUAUCUUGGCAAUAUACUCUCCAUGAGAGCAAAUCUACUGCCAUCUUGACCAUCUUCUUCUUCUUCGUCUUCCAAGCCUGUUCAGCAACAUUUAUCGCUACUAUGCACAACAUUUACCCCGUCGAGAUCCUUUCCCUCUCUCUUCGAGCCAAGGGCAUGGGAUUGUACAGUCUUAUUCAAAGCGCUGCAGGCACAGUCCAACAAUACGGCAUCGCAGUGGGCUUUGAGAAGAUUGGGUACAAGCUCUGGGUUGUGUAUAUCAUAUACAACACCAUCCAACUUGGCCUCUCUUACUUCUGCUUUCCAGAGACUUCUGCACUAUCUCUUGAGGAAAUUGACUCUGUUUUCGAGACACCUGGUGUCAAGCCGGUCAAGAUGUCUCUUGAUAUCAAGAAGGCUCAGAAAGAGCAUGACAGGCUGGAGGCCGAAGUUGCGCUGCACGGAACUCCUGUCGUGUGAUUGCUGAUUGCUUUUCACAGGGACAAGUCAUUUCGGAUGCGAAUGUCGGAAUGUUUGGUGUUAAUGGCGAUAUUGAUGUUCCUCAAGGACUUCAUUAAGACCAAAGAAGAGCUUUAAGUGUGUCGCACUUAAUAAUUCUUAUUGACAUGGUCAUUAUUCUCCUUUAGGCCGUUUCAGACACUCCAUGAAGUCCCGAUCUCGUUUUUAUUUUCAGUUUCAAGCGGGCGCUGAAGGUCCACGGCAGGCACGAAGAUUUUGAUCUCGCCACAGGACAAUCCAAAAAUUAAAAAGGAAGCAGAACCCAUGAUCCACCCGGCUUGAUUCUU